UGCCAUUGCAACCCCAUCACACUAAAAGCCCGAUCAUCACACUAAAAGCCCAAAAGGAGUGGAACUCUUCUCCUCCUCCUCGUUCCCUUCUUGCUGUACCCGUGAUUCAACAAAUUGAUAUAAAGCCACUUGCUUCUCCUCCCCUUCUUUCCAACUUCCACGAGAAAGAGUGGUCCAAGUCCUCUCUCCUUUCCCUCCCAUCUAUACCAUUGCUUGCUUAUAAUACCAACACCAACAAGUUUAUUGGCAGAGACCGGAAGAGAGAUGGGGGAAGAGGGAUUUGUGGUGAGAGAGUAUGAGGAGGAGAGGGACCGCCUGAGGGUGGAGGCCAUGGAGCGGAUGUGCGAGGUAGGGCCCAGCGGUGAGAUGAGUCUCUUCACCGACCACCUCGGCGACCCCGUCUCCCGCGUCCGCCACUCCCCUGCCUUCCUUAUGCUGGUGGCGGAAAAAAGUGGGCCGGUGAAAGAGAUCGUGGGGUUAAUUCGCGGCAGCGUGAAGACAGUCACCUGCGGAAAGACCAUUCCACGUAACGCCGCUGCGAAGCACCAGAACCCGCCCCCCAUCCCUAUCUACAGUAAAGUCGCCUACAUCCUCGGGCUCCGCGUCUCCCCCUUCCACCGGAGGAUGGGAAUUGGGGGGAAGCUGGUGAGGAGGCUGGAGGGGUGGUUCAAAGCGCAAGGGGCGGAAUACGCAUACAUGGCGACGGAGAAGGACAAUGAAGCAUCGAUUCGGCUGUUCACCGGCCGGUGCGGGUACUCCAAGUUCCGGACACCGGCGAUUCUGGUCCACCCGGUGUUCGCCCACCGCCUCCCCAUUCCCGGAAGCGUCCGCAUCAUCCGCCUACCUCCGGCCGACGCCGAGACCCUCUACCGCCGCCGCUUCUCCACCACGGAGUUCUUCCCCCGAGACAUCGACGCCGUCCUCUCCAAUCCCCUCUCCCUCGGCACCUUCCUGGCGGUGCCUGCGGCCGGCGGCGGCGGACGGGGAGGAUGGGAAUGGCCGGGGGCAGAGGAGUUCCUGGCGGCGCCGCCGGAGUCGUGGGCGGUGGUGAGCGUGUGGAACUGCGGGGGGGUGUUCCGGCUGGAGGUGCGGGGGGCGUCGAGGGUGAGGCGGGGACUGGCGUGGGCGACGCGGGCGGCGGACCGGGCGCUGCCGUGGCUGCGGAUCCCGUCGGUGCCGGACAUUUUCCGGCCGUUCGGGGCGCUGUUUCUGUAUGGGAUAGGGGGGGAGGGGCCGGCGGCGGCGGGGAUGGUGGGAGCGCUGUGCCGGCACGCGCACAACAUGGGGAGGGGGGCGCCGGGAGGGUGCCGGGUGGUGGCGGCCGAGGUGGCGGCGUGCGAGCCGCUGCGGCAGGGGAUCCCGCACUGGAGGAGGCUGUCGUGCGCGGAGGACCUGUGGUGCGUGAAGCGGCUGGCGGAGGGCUACGGCUACGGCGGGGCGGUGGGGGACUGGACCAAGUCGCCGCCGGGGACGUCCAUAUUCGUGGACCCCAGGGAGAUAUGAUGCUUCCUCCCCUCCCCGCCGGCGGGGGACGGAAUCUUUCGCGCGAUUCACCUUCCUUCGCGCGAAUACACCUUUGGAUGGUCAUUCAAGAUCUUGGCAGCGAAUGAGAGGAGGGCUUCGGAAUGCUCUAAGAGCUGGGCUUUGUGGGGAGAGAAUUUUGUCUGGCUCGACAAGGAAGAUAUUUUGAGCUACUGUCUACCCUACAUGGCUUUUCUCUUUUGUUACAUCGACCAGUGACCUCUUAAGAAAAAAAAACACUUUGCAUGCUGUACAAAGCAGGCAUCAUAAUAUAUAUGUGAUUCUAAAAUAUAUAAUGAAUUAUAGAGACAGUUGACAUAAAGCUGGGUUUU